AUGGAAAGCCGUCCUCCCCAAAAGCUGAAGCUUCGAUGGGACAUCCCAAUGCGCCAAGCUCUUUGUUGUAUUUACCGAUUCUUCCGAUGUGGCAAGAAAGCGAAAGAGGAGAUCUUCUUCUCAAUGUUUCGAGACAAUCUGAAAAAACGUGGGAUUAAUCGAUCUAUUCCAGAAAGGACACUCCACGCCCAGUGGAUCUGGAUGAGAAACACUGGUGACCUUGUUUGGUCUCAUGUCCAUCGAGAUACAGAGUUCAAUAUGAACAGAGAAUGGAAGAGCAUAAUCCAGCAGAUCAAGUCUACGGCAAUCGAUUUACGCCUUCCCCUUCUUGACAAGAUAGAAGACGACAUUGACACAACUCAAUGGCGGACGCGAGUGACAGUGGUCGUGGGACCAAGAACUGAGUACCCCCACGAGACACCCUAUCACAUGCCAUCUCCAUUGCGCCAGCAAAGAGAAGAGGAGACGAGUCAUCCUUUUGCCGGAAGUGAUGACCAAAGCAGUGGCAGUAUCACGAUGACUGUCGGCCACAGCCGAGAACGGACCGACUCUCUGGAGGAUAUCGACUUCGUGGAAAACGACGUGUCGGUGGUCACAAGCCAUGGGAAGGCUUGUCUGUGGUGUAGCCAUGGUGUGACAAUUGACGAGGUGGAUGGUAUUGAUGACCAGAGCAGAAUGAGCAAUAACCCCAAGGAAAACAACAACCCCGACCAAAGCCAACAGCCUCAGUACCAGCACGCAGGGCACCAAGAUUGGGACCAGCAGCAUCACCACCAAGGCCACCACCAUGACCACGACAUGGCCAUGCAGGGCGUUCCCCGAGAUAAGUUGCCACCAUUACUGUUUCGCUGGUCAAACUGUGACUCCCAAGGGGUCAACUCGAGAACACACUUCCUGGCCGGAAUUUUCUGCGAUUCUGAAUGGUUCAAUCCAGAAGAUAUUCCCCAGAGCCGAUUUGAAAGCCUCUUUGAGAGCCAUGUCACUAAGCAGGAGGUCAAGACACCAUUUAUCUCCACCUCCCAGUCUCCACUGUCGCCUCUACACCGCGCAAUUGCUGGCCAAAAGGGCGCGAUAUUGACCGUUAUCGACACGUCAAAGCUGGAGACCAAAGUAUUCAACGCUUAUCCACUGGCAGUUCGUAUGAAGACUUUAGUGAUAAACGGGUGGAAGGGGUUUGGGGAAUUUCUCAUAUGGGGUAGUAUCCCAACGGAGGCAAUUGCUUACACCGUGGAGAUUGCUAGUCUCCAACAAAUCACACAGUCCCACCGCGACAUCAAUCGUCUGAUACAGCUUCCACUGAUCCACAGCGUCCCACGCUGUAAUGCUAUGCUGCGUGAGAUGCUGGCACUGAGAAGAAAGUUGCCUUUUCCAUCUGGUCGAACGCUUGCAAAACUACUGACUCUACUCCAAGUCCCAGUGAUCCACUGGGAGAACCUAGCAUAUGAGUUUGCCAAGCCCUCCCCCUAUCUUCCCGAGGAGUUGUCGGAUUCUGAAAGCGAGGCUCCAUGGCCCACACCCCAAAAGACCCCCCAAAAGAUGCAUUUCUCGUCUAAUAGGGACUCCGAUAUAGACUACGAGCCGCCUGAGACUGAUGAAGACUCAGAAAGUACCUCUGAGUCAGAAGGCAUGACCAAGUCUCGAUCCAUGUCGAUGUGUGAUGAUCCAGAGACUGACGACGAGGGAAAGUUCUCGACGCAUGAGACGUUGUCGAGUGGGAUUUUCCCCGAGGAUUAUGGCGUUGAAGACCCCCCAAAGCAGACACAAGGUCAAGAGGUGAUUGAUCUCACCUCUGAUAACGAAGAGACUAGUUCACAGUGUGCAUUGCAGCGGGACUGGCCAUCGGAUGACGAUCCAUACAUGUAUCCUGACACACCUACGAAGACCCGUCCGCCGCAAUCUUCUCAUGAGAACAGAGCUACCCACCAUCUUCUACUCAAUGGCCAGACGGAUAUGGACUUCUUUGAAAAGUUCCGACACUGGCCUUAG